UCAGAAGCCCAUACGAGAGGAUACGGUACGUCCACACAUCAAGUAUUCAUAAUCUGAACACAACAAAGAAUUGCCGUAGCAAACAACCUGGCAAUGUUCAUACCUAGCACUGCUAGCAGCAAGGGUCACUACAAAAGCGGAUGCGCACACAGCAAUUCCGAAAACAAGGGCCAAACACACCAGGAAUCAGAGCUCUAGCCACCGCCGCGGUCUUCCUGCUGGUCACGCUCUCCACGUCGCACAUUGCCUCCUCCCUUCGCCCCGGCCUCGGGGUCUGCCGUGCCAGCGGCUAUCUCCCAGGCAGGUCCGGCAACUGCGAGAAGAGCAAUGACCCGGAUUGUUGCGAAGACGAUAAGAGGUACCCGCAGUACCACUGCUCGCCGCCGGUCACGGCGACCACCAAGGCCGUCCUGACGCUCAACAGCUUCGAGAAGGGCAAGGAUGGCGGUGGCCCGUCAGAGUGCGACAACUCCUACCACAGCGACAAGGAACUGGUCGUUGCGCUCUCCACCGGCUGGUUCAAGAACAUGGCACGUUGCGGCCAUCGCAUCAAGAUCACCGCUAACGACAAGUCCGUGUAUGUCAAGGUGGUGGACGAGUGCGACUCCGUGUAUGGCUGUGACGCCGACCACAACUACGAGCCUCCGUGCGAUAAUAACAUCGUUGAUGCCUCACCGGCGGUGUGGAAUGCCCUGGGGCUCGACCAGAACGUCGGCAUGGAUGAGAUCACCUGGUCAGAGGAUGGUGGCCGCUGCCAUAUCAGCGGCUUCCUCUACGGCAAGGCUGGCAAGUGCAACAAGGAGAAUGGCUCCGACUGCUGUAUUCCCCGCCACCGCUACCCGCAGUUCAGGUGUUCGCCCCCAGUGUCCUCCAAGACAGUGGCAACCUUGACGCUGAACAGCUUUGCCCGCGGGGGUGACGGUGGUGGGCCGUCCUUCUGUGACGAUCGCUACCACAAGGACAGCGAGCUGGUGGUGGCGCUGUCUACUGGGUGGCUGCGCCUCGACGGCACACGUCGGUGCAACAAGAUGAUCCGCAUCAGCGGGAACAGGCGGUCCGUGCUGGCCAAGGUCGUCGACGAGUGUGACUCGGUGCAUGGCUGUGACAAGGAACACAACUUUGAGCCACCAUGUGCAAACAACAUCGUGGACGGGUCGCCAGCGGUAUGGAAGGCGCUGGGGCUCAACAAGAACAUCGGAGAAUUUAAGAUCACUUGGUCUGAUGUGUGAGCUCUGAGCUGCACCAUGGCAAUGUCGUGCUAUUCUAUACUUAGAGGCAUACACAAGGGAACUGUGUGCUCCUCAAUUAUAUAAACCAUAUGGUGUGUGUGUGUGUGUGUGUGUGUGUGUGUGUGUGUGUGUGUGAUGAUAAUCUUGUUGAUGGAGCAAAUAAGCCGUAUUUGCUAUCCCAAGAAAAGUGUGUGCUUGUUAAUUUCCAAAACUAUGUGUGCUACUGUAUUAGCAAUAAAUUACUACUUGAAAUAAUGCACCAGUAUUUUGCAUGUUAAGAAGUUGGUGAUGCACCA